AUGGAAGAUGGCGGCCAGUUGAGUUUUCAGUACGGCGGCCGUGAAACAAGGCUGGAUAUCGUGAGCGGAAGAGGUCAGAUUCAUAGUCAAAAUGGAGAUCAGAUGUACGCCGCCGCCGCCGCGACUUAUUAUCAGCCUUCGCCGCCAUUGAAUCGGACGAAGGAGAUAGCGCCGCGGUGGAAGUCGAAGGCGUGGGGAUUAGGUGACGCGGAGGCGGAGGUGAAGAGGCGGAAGCGAAUCGCCAAGUAUAAGAUCUACACCGUUGAAGGUAGGGUUAAGGAUUCGAUUAGGAAAGGCGUUCGUUGGAUCAAAAACAAGUGCUCUGAAAUCAUCCGCGGCUAUUGA